UUCAAGAAGGUGUCAGGGGUCAAUGCCUAGGAACAAAGUCUGACAGAGAGGCGACUGGGAGCCCAGCGCACAGAGCCAUGGGGAGACAGAGCCUGGCACUGGGCUGGGCAGUGGCCACCGUGCUCAUGCUGCAGAUGGCCGCGGAAGAGCGCCCGCCCUGGACCCUGCACGGCAAGGCUGAGGUGUUUGCAGACCUCAGUGCCCAGGAGCUGAAGGCCGUGCACAGCUUCCUGCAGGCCAGGAAGGAGCUGGGGCUGCAGCCCUCGGGGUCCCCGAGCAUGGCCAAAAACUCUGUGUUCCUCAUUGAGAUGCUGCUGCCCAAGAAGCAGCAUGUGCUGAAAUUUCUGGAUCAUGGAGAAAGGCGCCCCGUUCGGGAAGCCCGAGCCACCAUCUUCUUUGGAGCCCAGGAGAACCCCAAUGUCACCGAGUUUGCUGUGGGGCCGCUGCCACGUCCCUCCUACCUGCGAGCACUGUCGCCCAGGUCCAGGCACCAGGCCUCCUGGGCCUCCAGGCCCAUCUCCAAGGUCGAGUAUAAACUCCUCCUCCACACCUUGCAGGAGGCCACCAAGCCCCUGCAUCAGUUUUUCCUCAACACCACCGGCUUCUCGUUCCAAGACUGCCAGGGCCGAUGCCUGACCUUCUCCGACGUGGCCCCCCGUGGCUUGGCAUCUGGCCAGCGCCGCACUUGGUUUAUCUUACAACGCUUCGUUGAAGGCUAUUUCUUGCACCCCACUGGCCUGGAGCUCCUUGUGGAUCAUGGGAACACAAAUGUCCAGGAAUGGACAGUGGAGCAGGUGUGGUACAACGGGAAGUUCUACAGGAGCCCAGAAGAACUGGCUCAGAAGUAUGCAAAUGGAGAGGUGGAUGUGGUAGUCCUCGAGGGACCGCUGCCCAAGGGCCAGGGGGACGAGAGCACAGAGGAGCCGCCCCUCUUCUCCUCGUACAAGCCCCGUGGGGACUUCCCCAGAUCCAUCAGUGUGGGCGGCCCCCGGGUGGUCCAGCCCAACGGCGCCCGCUACCUGCUGGACGGCAACGUGGUGCUCUAUGGCGGCUGGAGCUUCGCCUUCCGGCUGCACUCCUCCACAGGGCUGCAGGUCCUCAACCUGCACUUUGGGGGCGAGCGCAUUGCCUAUGAGGUCAGCGUGCAGGAGGCAGUGGCAAUGUAUGGAGGACACACACCUGCGGGCAUGCAGACCAAGUACAUGGACGUGGGCUGGGGCCUGGGCAGCGUCACUCACGAGCUAGCCCCUGGCAUCGACUGCCCAGAGACUGCCACCUUCCUGGACACUUUCCACUACUUCGAUGCAGAUGACCCUGUCCUCUAUCCGCGAGCCCUCUGCCUCUUUGAGAUGCCCACAGGGGUGCCUCUCCGGCGCCACUUCAAUUCCAACUUCAAUGGUGGCUUCAACUUCUACGCAGGUCUUAAGGGUCAGGUGCUGGUGCUGCGGACGACCUCCACCGUCUACAAUUAUGAUUACAUUUGGGACUUCAUCUUCCACCCUAAUGGGGUGAUGGAGGCCAAGAUGCAUGCCACUGGCUACGUCCACGCCACCUUCUACACCCCCGAGGGGCUGCUCCACGGCAUGCGCCUGCACACCCACCUGCUCGGCAACAUGCACACACACCUGGUGCAUUACCGCGUCGACCUGGAUGUGGCAGGCACCAAGAACAGCUUUGAGACACUAGAGAUGAAGCUAGAGAACAUCACCAACCCCUGGAGCCCAAGACACCGCCUGAUCCAGCCGACACUCGAGCAGAGGCAAUACUCCCGGGAGCGCCAGGCAGCCUUCCGCCUCGGACGGCCUCUGCCCAGGCACCUGCUCUUUACCAACCCCAAGAAGAACCCCUGGGGCCACAAGCGCAGCUACCGCCUGCAGAUCUACUCCUCGGCUGAACAGGUGCUGCCCUUCGGCUGGCAGGAGGAGCGGGCCAUCACCUGGGCCAGGUACUCCCUGGCAGUGACCAAGUACCGGGAGUCGGAGAAGUGCAGCAGCAGCAUCUACCACCAGAACGACCCCUGGAACCCCCCUGUGGUCUUCGAGGAGUUUCUUCACAACAAUGAGAACAUUGAGGAUGAGGACUUGGUGGCCUGGGUGACCGUGGGCUUCCUGCACAUCCCUCACUCAGAGGACAUCCCCAACACGGCCACACCUGGGAACUCUGUGGGCUUCCUGCUCCGGCCCUUCAACUUUUUCCCAGAGGACCCGUCCCUGGCAUCCAGAGACACCGUGAUUGUGUGGCCCCGGGAUAAGGGUCCCAACUACAUACAGCGCUGGAUCCCUGAGGAUCAGGACUGCUUGAAGCCUCCCCCCUUCAGCUUCAAUGGGACCUACAGGCCUGUGUGAGGCCACCCCAGUUCUGUCUGGAAACCUGAGAGCCCCAUGGGGCCGACAAUAAACUCAUCAGUGUCCAGCCCCG